AUGAAAUCCAGUAAGCGAAGGCUCCAGGCCCUUACCGAAGGAUCUGAUGGACUGCCUAACUACCUGAAGAUGGAGGAUUCCGAAACAUCUAUUCCACCUGUAUUUAGAUCACGUUUACACGAAUUAUUUUCUCAAAUCGAAAAAGAGUUUGACCUUCUUUACACAGAAAAUCUGAAUCUUCAAGAGAAAAUAGACAUUUUGAGUGAGAAAUUGGAACGGGAGAGUUAUGUGGGAGAUAAACAAAACUUGGAUUACAUUGAGUUUGAUGUUGCUGGGAAGAACUCUAAAGUAAAAUUAACACAAAGCAACUCGCAGAAAGUGAAAGCGAGUCAUAAACUCCGGGUGCAGACCAGCAAGAUAGUCUCCAGCUUCAAGGCUCCAUCAUACAACUGUCAGUUAGUGCGGGAGUUCACGGGACACAAAGAUGGGAUUUGGGAUGUGACGUCAGCUCGUCCUGGACAAGCUCUUAUUGGCACUGCUUCUGCAGAUCACACAGCUUGCGUAUGGAGCGUGGAAUGGGGUAAAUGUCUCCUGCAGUACACAGGGCACACAGGCUCUGUCAACUCGAUCCGUUUUCACCCAAGCAGGGACAUUGCUCUCACAAGCAGCGGAGACAAUACUGCUCACGUGUGGCAGGCCGCCGUCAAUUGGGACCUACCGCGCGGCCAGUCCUCUGAGGAAGAGUUAGAAGGAGGCGGCGAAGAAAGUCUAGGCGAAGGAGGAGAUAGGCCAGAAGUAUUACGCACUCCUCUCACGGAGUUGGGCGGCCACCAAGGUGUCGUUGUCGCCGCUGAUUGGCUGACCGGCGGCGACCACGUUAUCACCGCCUCCUGGGAUAGGACCGCUAAUCUAUAUGAUGUCGAAACUGGAGACUGCCUGCAAGUUCUUACAGGUCACGAUCACGAGCUGACGCAUGCGUCUGCGCACCACGCGUCCCGGCUGGUGGUGACAGCGUCCCGCGACACAACGUUCCGUCUCUGGGACUUCCGUGAGCCGAUACACUCCGUCUCAGUCUUCCAAGGACACACUGAGAGCGUCACAUCGGCUGUGUUUACACGAGAAGAUAAAGUCGUUUCUGGAUCUGAUGACCGUUCCGUAAAGGUUUGGGACGUCCGUAACAUGCGUUCAGCUCUUGCCACGAUCAGAUCUGAUUCCUCAGUGAACCGUGUUGGUGUGAGUGGCAAUGGACUGAUCGCGAUCCCACACGACAACCGACAGGUCCGACUCUUCGAUCUGCAGGGGCAGAGACUCGCUAGACUACCUCGAUCUAGCCGUCAGGGUCACCGUCGCAUGGUGACGUCAGUGGCCUGGGCGGAUGACAUAUCGUCCAACAUAAACUUCUUCAGCUGCGGCUUCGACCGACGCAUCCUCGGCUGGUCCAUCCAACCUUCGAAGGAGAACUAA